UCUCAAGUAAGAAGGUGUUUGAUUGGUUAAAAAUAAGGGAAUUCCCAAUUAAUCGGGGAUACCAAAGAUGGCGACGAAGAGAGCUCAUGCUUUGACAUUUAAAAUAAUUGCAGAAUGUUCUACGACAAAAGCUCGUGUUGCAGAGAUGACAUUACCUCACAGUGUCGUAGAUACACCAGUUUUCAUGCCUGUUGGGACACAGGGUACGCUCAAAGGCAUUCUGCCUGACCAAUUGAAAGAAUUGGAUUGCAAAAUUAUGCUAGGAAAUACAUACCAUUUGGGAAACAGGCCGGGACCAGAGCUACUUGAAAAAGCGGGAGGACUUCAUAAAUUUAUGAACUGGGACAGAAACCUACUUACUGACAGUGGUGGUUUCCAAAUGGUGUCUCUAUUAAAACUAGCAGAAAUUACUGAACAAGGUGUCAAGUUCCAGUCACCGCAUGAUGGCUCAGAAAUGAUGUUGACGCCAGAAAAGUCAAUUGAAAUUCAAAAUUCUAUAG